AACGAAGCCAAGCAAUGUCGUUGAAGAGCAGAGGCUCAAAAAAAUUCUUGGGGUGAUGCGAGGCGGCGGUCCCUGGGCUGCCAAGCUUUCAAGUGCGCGGGUAGAUCUCUUGGGAGUCUUGGCACGCCUUAGCGAGGUGCUUGGAGGGCUGAAGUGGCAGCAGAAUGCGAAAGGGGGUCGGGCUGGUCGGGGUACGUCAGACCUCCCAGCGAGGGAAGGGCGCUGCACUGCACUGCUGCAGAAGUCGACCUACCCGUUACCCGCAAGCCCCGACCUAGACAUUUCUUUGCCAGCUGGUUGCACCUUUUGCUGGGCACUGCGCCAUGCUGUCAGCACCUCAUCCUCUCCGCCGCCAUUUGGGUACCUCACCUUAGCUUGGCAUCACCGCUCUUCCGGAAAAUUUUGGAUAUCCGUGGCAGAACCAUCCGAGGUUGGGGAUUAGGUACGAAUACUCCGUAAUAGCACUCAUCCAGGGCCUCCAACUUCGUCAUUGAUGUCAACGGCCGUGCGGUGAAGGUAGGCACAGGCGAAAUGAUGAUGAACUUCCCGAGUCCCGUCUUCUUCCCGUCGGUUCCGCGACGCAAGCUCUCCCCUCACACCCCUUCUGGGCAUGCACCCUUGACGUGGUUCACGAGCCCAUUCCUGUCAUGGUUUCAGACUUUGCAGG